AUGAAGGUAAUAUCAAAAUUGAAGGACGAUGCUUUAACUUCUCACUUGCUGAACUUUUACUACAAACACCUCUCCACUUCUGAUUGCGAGCGUCUACCCCAGUUGGUCUACAUUGACUGUAAAAACAGCUUCCCAGUACGCUCUUUCCAAGCAAAACUUGACCAAAUACCUCGCCCUCCGCACUACACACGGCAGCUCCUGUUCGAAAGUGUGAGAAUCAUGGUCUGUCUCGAACUGGCAGACUUUGAAGACAUUGUGCGAAAGCUCUACCAGAACAUAGCUGCAGACCGUGCAACCAGGCACCACUCCCACAGCAACAAUCCCCCUGCAGAUUCUGAUAUAAAUAACCGUUUGGCCAAACAAACUUUAGUAGUAAUUUCUGGACUCGAUGUAAUGUAUAGGACCUCACAGGUCCUCGAUCCAACGACAGCUCACCGUCAUUUAAACGACGCUCUGCUCCGUCUUCGAAUGCUCUCCAACAAAGCUCCUUCCACAGACUUUGAGGUCCACAUAAUACUACCUCAUUCAGAGUUCCAAAAGAGCUGCCUAACAGAUGGCCACGCUACCGCCAGAAUGCCUCCAGAGAAUAAUAAUCAUGCUAAAAGAGCUAAACCAAACUGGCACGGGCACGGUAAUACCCUUGGCGAUUAUAUAAUCAGAUUCUAUACCACCUAG